UCAACUGGCUGCCCCCCUGCUUGACCAGAUUGCCCAGAACCCCAAGACCAUCGUGUGCCCUAUGAUUGACGUGAUCGACCACAACCACUUUGGUUAUGAAGCCCAGGCUGGGGACGCCAUGAGGGGAGCCUUCGACUGGGAGAUGUACUACAAACGCAUCCCCAUCCCUCCAGAGCUCCAGGGCCCCGACACAAGUGAUCCCUAUGAGUCUCCAGUGAUGGCCGGAGGUCUCUUUGCCGUCAACCGCCAGUGGUUCUGGGAGCUGGGUGGCUACGACACUGGCUUGGAGAUAUGGGGCGGAGAGCAGUACGAGAUAUCGUUCAAGGUAUGGAUGUGUGGGGGCAGUAUGUACGACGUACCAUGCUCCCGAGUAGGACAUAUCUACAGGAAAUACGUCCCCUACAAAGUGCCGUCCGGAACAAGCCUAGCUAGAAACCUGAAGAGGGUGGCCGAGACAUGGAUGGAUGAGUACACGGAGUUCAUCUACCAGCGGCGUCCGGAGUACCGCCACCUGUCCACCGGGGACCUGACGGCCCAGAAGGAGCUGAGGAGACACCUCAAGUGUAAGGACUUCAAGUGGUACAUGAAUGCUGUAGCCUGGGACCUGGCCAAGUACUACCCCACUGUGGAGCCGCUGCCUGCCGCCUGGGGAGAGAUUCGUAACGCUGCAUCAGGUCUGUGCAUAGACUCCAAGCACGGCCCCACAGGGACAGAGCUGCGACUGGACGCCUGUCUGAAGGAGGGGGCUGAACGCACCUGGGCACACGAACAGAUCUUUACAUUUGGCUGGAGAGAGGACAUCAGGCCAGGGGAUCCUCUCCAUACCAGGAAGUUCUGCUUUGACUCCAUCUCCCAGAGUUCCCCUGUCACACUGUACGACUGCCACGGCAUGAAGGGCAACCAGCACUGGAGCUAUAGGAAGGAUAAAUCGUUGUACCACCUGGUGAGCAGCGGUUGCAUGGACUGCAAUCCCGGUGAUAAGAGGAUUUUCAUGAACAAGUGCGACCCUGGGUCCGAGACGCAGCAGUGGCUGUUCCAGAGAGUCAACGCCACCGUCCUAGACAAAUUCAACAGCGCUGCGGCUGCCAGCUCCUAGGAACCAGGCGCCAACCCCCACGACAACAACAACCCCCCAAACAUGUGUGCAAUGCAGCAGCAAGCAGCCAGCCAGUUAGCUAGCGGUCCUGUCUCCCAGAACCCCCAGCUCAUCAACGUGGGGGCUACAAAGGGGAAGAGAAGGGGGUGGGGGAGGGGGCGCUGGGGCUACGUUUCUGUUCUGUCUGACAGAUCCUCUGCCCUUCCUGGCUCAAAGUAUUUCUGGGAUUCUGCCUGGUUCUGCCCAAUGGGCUGAUGGGACGUUCAAGGUCGCCCAUCCUUAGAGAAGCAACCAGACUAGACUAGACCCUAACUAAGCCACCACACAGGGGCACCUUGCUGGUCGAGGACACAGAAACCUCCCGAACACUCUCCUCUAGCUCCUCUAUGGGUCAAAGGUCGAAAACAGCAGGUUCAGUAGACUGGAUUUGUUUGUAUCAGGUUGAAAAAGGAAUGUUCCAACUGUCACUCUCUCAAGAUCGCAUGGUGGAUUUGUACUAUAUCGGAGGCUCAUUAAAUGAUUUUUCUCAUUUUUGUAUGACUAUUUAUUUUCCAUGAUUGUUUUAUUAGUAUUUAUUUUGUAUUUAUUUAUUUGGUAUUAUUUUUGAAGAAUAGUAACUUAUUAAGCGUAUACUUGAAUGGGUUUUUCAGAUUUCUGGUCCCCGUGAUUGUACAAUUUGAAGUUGUGAAGUUCAGCCAAUGAAAAUUAUGUAGCUGUCAACUUUGGAAUCUAGUUUUGUUCAGUCUUUUUUUUAUUUCAAUAAAAGUAAGUAAACAUGAAUAAAAUUUGAAAAAAGUA